UUUGAUGCGCCAUUAUUUAUCACAUGGUUCCAGUGUCUUUGUACAGUGGCCCUGUGUGGGGGCCUUUCUUACGCCAGUCACCUCUUCCCAAGUAGACUCUCCUUCAGCGCAAUCGAUUUUUCAUUUGGAACGGCACUAAAGAUUCUACCCCUAACUGUAGUGUUCUUCGCCAUGAUUGUCUGCAACAAUUUUUGUCUGAAGUACCUUGAUGUCUCCUUCUAUUUCGUUGCACGGUCAUUAACAACAGUAUUCAACGUCAUUCUUACCUACGCGGUUUUAAAAAAAACAACGACUUUGAAGGCCCUUCUUUGCUGCGGAGUUAUUAUACUUGGAUAUAUUACCAGUGUUUUGGAGGAGAACGGCAUGGGUUCACUCUCGGUGUCGGGUCUCAUUUUUGGUGUGUCAGCCAGCUUUGCAGUGGCCCUCUUUGCUAUUAUGACCUCCAAAGGCCUAGCCCAUGUUGGUGGCAAUAUUUGGAAACUUACUUUUUACAACAACCUCAACUCAUCCUUGCUCUUCAUCGUUGGUAUCCUUUUGACCGGCGAAUACAAGGAGUUCAUGUAUCUACCACCGUUCUUCAGCCUUAUGAGUUUACUGUUCUGGAGCACAAUGCUAGUAAGCGGUGUCUUUGGGUUUGCCAUAAGCUAUGUGACAUCCUGGCAAAUCCAGGUGACCAGUCCGCUCACACACAACAUCUCCGGAACUGCUAAGGCUGCCGCCCAGACCCUUUUGGCCGCCCUCAUUGCCCUGGACUUCAAAUCUCCCCUAUGGUGGGUCGGCAAUUGUCUCGUCGUCGCCGGUUCCAUGGCCUACGCCUACGUGCGGCACAAGUUGUCUAUGGAGGCAGAGCAGGCGAACGCUGGCGAUCUGAAAAGGGUCACUACUGCAUAG